AUGAAUUUGAUGAGAUAUGAACUAAGAGCAGAUGACCCUCACUAUCGACUAGUAGACAUUGGAAGAGAUUAUGAUUCAGUUCUUAGAUAUCAAAUCAAAGGAUCACGUGCUUACGCGAUUUGUGUCCAUCAGAAUCAUCCUAACCAUUACCCCAACCUGAUCUUCAUGCAGCAUCUGCCUCUGAUAUCAUUACCUUCCACCUUCUUGAAUAAUUAA